AAUAUGUAUAUAUAUGAGGCAGAUUUUGGCUAACCUACUCUCUUCUUCUCUAUCCAUUUUGAUGUCCAGCUCUAAGUUACAUUUCUGAAAAAUGUUAGCCAUUUUCCACCAAACUUUUGCACACCCACCUGAGGAACUUAAGAGUCCUGCCUCUUUCAGUGGCUCUAAGGCCCCUAAGCUUCCUCAAGAAACACUCAAUGACUUUAUUUCUCGUCAUCCUCAAAACACUUUCUCUAUUAACUUCGGCCAAGCCGCUGUUCUUGCUUAUGUUUCUCCCCAGUCCUUUUCACUAGUUCACCAAAGGCUGUUCUGUGGGUUUGAUGACAUAUACUGUCUGUUCUUGGGAAGUUUGAACAAUCUAUGUGCACUGAAUAAACAAUAUGGUCUAUCGAAAGGCUCAAAUGAAGCCAUGUUUUUGAUUGAGGCGUAUAGAACACUUAGGGACAGAGGUCCUUACCCAGCUGAUCAGGUCCUUAAGGAACUUGAUGGCAGCUUUGCCUUCGUUGUUUAUGAUAGCAGGGCUGGUGCUGUUUUUGCUGCCUUGGGUGCUGAUGGGGGAGUGAAGCUCUAUUGGGGAAUUGCAGCAGAUGGGUCAGUGGUGAUAUCAGAUGAUGUGGAUGUCAUCAAAGAAGGCUGUGCUAAAUCAUAUGCCCCAUUCCCAACUGGAUGCAUGUUCCAUAGUGAAGGAGGAUUAAUGAGUUUUGAGCAUCCAAUGAACAAAAUGAAAGCAAUGCCUAGAAUUGACAGUGAAGGAGCAAUGUGUGGAGCUAACUUCAAGGUUGAUGUUUACACAAGAGUUAAUAGCAUUCCAAGGAGAGGCAGUGAAGCUAAUUGGGCUGAAUGGGACACAAACUAGCUAGCUACCUAUCUACAAAUUCACUAUUUCUCUCUUCUCUGUGUGGUUUUUGCUGCUCUUUUCACAAUUUACUUCCCUUCUAAGUCCUAACAUCUCUUUCUCAGCUUCAAUGGCUUGUAAAUAUUUUAGACAAUAAAAUUUCUCUUUCCCUUCUUACUUGGUUCAUAUAUGUAAAUAAACAGAUAAACUCAUAUCUUCUCAGAGA